CCAAAAGAAAUUAUAUUAUGUCGCACGUGUAAAUACAAGAGAGAAACAUGCACUUGUCACGUGUGGGGAUCCUCAUUCCCCGUUGUCUCCACAAUUAACAAAUUUCGUAGUCUAGCGUCACUACUUCUUCCCAAACCCUCUCCAUUUCUCUCCUUUUCCUCUCACCUUUCACCCUUGCAUACACAAAUUCCCAUCUUGUGUGUCCGCGAUCGCCCAUCCCCUUCAAAGUAUGUACAGAACGGCGUCAUCUCGCCUCAGGGCUCUCAAGGCCAGAACAGGGUGUAGAGGAUUGGCUAGAUAUGCAAGUACAAGUGCUGUUGCAACUAAAUCAUCUGGAGGUCUCUUUAGUUGGUUGACUGGGGAGAAGUCAUCUUCACUUCCACCACUAGACUUUCCGCUUGAGGAUAUUGUACUUCCCCCUCCAUUGCCAGACUAUGUUGAGCCUGGGAAGACCAAGAUAACCACUCUUCCAAAUGGCCUCAGAAUAGCUUCAGAAACAUCUGCGAACCCUGCAGCUUCAAUUGGAUUAUAUGUUGAUUCUGGCUCAAUCUAUGAAAAUCCGGCUUCCUAUGGAGUCACACAUUUACUGGAGCGCAUGGCCUUCAAAAGUACCACUAACCGGAGCCACUUGCGCACUGUGCGAGAAGUUGAGGCAAUUGGUGGCAACGUAAUUGCAUCAGCCUCUCGGGAGCAUAUGAGUUACACCUAUGAUGCACUAAAAACAUAUGUACCUCAAAUGGUUGAGCUUCUUGUUGACUGUGUUAGAAACCCAGCCUUUUUGGAUUGGGAAGUUAAUGAACAGCUCCUCAAGGUGAGUGCUGAGAUUAGUGAAUACUCCAAAAACCCUCACCACUUGCUUCUGGAGGCUAUUCAUUCAACUGGUUAUGCUGGUGCUUAUGCAAAUGGUCUUUUGGCUUCAGAAGCUGCACUUAGCAGGUUGAAUAGCACUGUUUUGGAGGAUUUCGUUUCUGAACAUUACACUGCCCCUAGGAUUGUCCUUGCUGCAUCAGGCGUCGACCAUGAUAAACUGUUAGAAUACGCAGAACCACUUUUAUCUGAUCUGCCUAAAUGUUCUAGGCCUCUAGAGCCAAAGCCAAUAUACUCGGGAGGAGAUUUUCGCCGUCAAGGUGAUUCAGGGAUGACUCACUUUGCUCUGGCCUUUGAACUUCCCGGUGGCUGGAUUAAGGAGAAGGAUGCUAUGACAUUGACCGUUCUUCAGAUGCUCAUGGGAGGAGGUGGAUCAUUCUCAGCUGGUGGUCCUGGAAAGGGGAUGUACUCAAGAUUAUAUCUUGGUGUCCUGAACGAGUAUCCUCAGAUUCAGCAUUUUUCUGCUUUCAACAGUAUCUACUAUCACACUGGACUAUUUGGAAUUCAAGCUACUACUGGAUCUGAUUUUGCACCAAAGGCUCUGGAUAUUGCUUGCAGAGAACUAGUUAAUGUUGCAUCUCCUGGAGAUGUUGAUGAAGUACAGCUAAACCGUGCAAAACAAUCAACAAAAUCUGCCAUUUUGAUGAACUUGGAAUCCAGAAUGGUUGCAUCUGAAGACAUUGGUAAACAAAUUUUGACAUAUGGAGAGAGGAAACCCGUGGAGCAUUUCUUGAAGGCUGUUGAUCAAGUUACACCCAAAGAUAUUGCUACAAUUGCAGAAAGGCUUUUCAGUUCUCCCCUUACAAUGGCAUGUUAUGGCGAUGUGUAUCACCUGCCAAGCUAUGAAGCCGUUAGCAGCAGGUUCGAUGAAUUUAAACAACGCUUGAGACGAGAAAACUGAUCGGAGAAGUUCCCCCAUGCCCCCGGUUUUGGGUGGCGUUUUGAAAUCCUUUCUCUAUGAUAUAUAAGAGAAAAUAAGGAUUUUUUACCGAAACAAUAAUUGGCGCAAAUUUUUUGCAAAAAAUCACUGAUGCCUGAUUCAUUGUAUGUUUUGUUUUGUAAUUUACGUGGAAAAUAUUUGGUUUUUGAGUAUAUCUUGGACAGGCCAUUUCUAUGGUGUAUAGCAGCAAAGUAUUGAUGUGUUGCUUGUCAUUCUUUGCGAGCCUGAUAAAUUCGACUGUUUGGUGCGUUUA